AGCUUCCCCGGUACAAUUGAUUUUACACCUCUCUUACCCGUACAUUCUCCCAAUUUUUUCUUAACUCAGGUAGCUUUCAGACCAAGCCCAGGAGACCAAUUUAUAACAAUGUUCGGUGCUCUCAACCGCUUCAUCUCGCGGCUCGACUCCGAUGCCCCAGCACAAAACACCAGCACACGCCGGGCAUACGGUUUCCAAGUCCUGCGCAACAAGAAGCUUGAGCUCGAGAUAGAGCCUUGGUUCGACUUCAUUGUUGGGAUCAAUGGACGACAGAUUGAUGAUUCUAGUCCGCACCUCUUCGCAACUGAAGUCCGCAAUUGUGCCGGCAACAGCGUCACCCUUGGCAUAUGGAGCGCAAAGGGCCAACGUAUCCGCGAAAUUCACAUUCCCAUUUCACCCGAGGAACCAUCUCUCGGACUGACACUACAAUGGAACAGCCUCUCCACCACCGAAGACAUUUGGCAUAUCCUCGAUGUGAUUCCCAACUCCCCCGCUGAUCACGCAGGAUUGCUUCCAUACGGGGAUUACAUUAUUGGUACUCCCGAGGGCAUAGUCAAGGGCGAAGCCGGUCUCGGUGAACUUGUUGAAGAUCACCUCUCCCGUCCUCUCCGUCUGCAUGUCUACAACCACGAGUACAACGUGACACGCCUGGUAACCAUUACCCCUUCGCGACACUGGGGCGGUGAAGGCGCAUUGGGCUGUGUCCUUGGCUACGGCGCUCUGCACCGACUUCCCGCUCCAUUGACCGAACCUCCCCACGGGCCAGGGGAGACGUUAUUCGAAACUGCGCAAUUUGAUACCGCCAAGAGUAACGAUUAUACAUCGUUUAAUCCAUCCUCUACAAUUGGCGGAGCGCAGCUCCCCUCCCAGCUACAGCCUGGUGGAACUUCGCAUCUCCCCGGCUCUGGCGCGACUGUGUCACAAAACGAGUUUAUAACCCCCGCCGAUAUGUCCUUUGGACCAGGGCCGAGUAUUGUUUCCCAGAGCGAAGCUUCACCAACCACAACCACAACAUCAACGCCUCCACCACCUCGCGCGGGAGCAGCACCGCCAGCUGGAACGGCUCCAUCAACUACUGGCCGAAAAGCACGCGCCCAUCACCACCAUCAUCAUUAUAACGUCCAAUCGCCAAGUUCGGCCAUGGACGAUUAUUUCCGCGAAGGAGAAGCAAAAAGCAAAGAACUUGACUAUGUCCCGUCCCCGAGACCAGGAAGUACUGGCCCUUCGGCUGUUCCGCCGCCGCCAAAAGCUGGCACUAAGAUUCCUCCACCUCCAAAGGGAGCACCAAAAGCGGAGGAUGCGACCGAUGAGAAGGCGGAUGGGGAGGGACAGUAAUCUGUAGUGACAAAUAAGCAUCUGAAGAAAGUAGCAUGGAUUUUGACAGCGUCGUCGAGGCUAGUCCGCAAGUCUCACACAAGGUAGCAUGAUUUACAGUAGUCAUUAUUCUUAUUUCCCAACACAGUAAUACUAGAUGAUGAGUGUGGAAGGGAAAGUAGGUU